AUGGACCCCGAGACAUCUACGACUCCUGAGAUGAAUUUUAGUAUCUUGGGCUCUGCAGCUCCAGUGCUGGCACCACGAGUGGGGAAAUUGGCUAUUCCCGGUCGCCAGGCCAUCUCGACGCCGCAUUUCGUUCCACUGACCACGCGGGGUGCCGUGUCGCAUAUUGCGCACGACGUGGUCCGGAAGGAGACUGCUAUUAACAGCCUUUUCAUUGGCUUAGAGGAUUUCAUCGAAAAGAAGCACCCUGCCCCGCUAUAUAAAACUCCAGUCGCACCUGGAGAAUCUCCUUUGAGGCGGUUUAUUUGCGCCCCCGAUGACAUGCCAAUGAUCCUCGCGCCGCGACGAUUCCCUUCGAUCCCAUGCCCACCCACAAACACCGAAACCUCCGUUGCGAUAUUGACCUCUGUCGGAUUCCGACAGCUUACAGCCCACCAAUAUGUGGAAGCGAUUCAAAAACUUCAGCCCGAUAUUGCUAUUGGCUUGGCAGACAUAGUCACUGCCAAGCCACCAGGCACUAGACGGCGCGAAAAGAUGGUUGACCGGACACAUGCGUUUACUCGUGAUGCAUUGGAGCAGCUAUACGGGUCUUCUGUGGCGGAAGGUAAAACAUCAAAAGCGGCAUACUUUGCGCCGGUAUUGCCGUUGGAGAAUGCGCAGCAGUUGCUUUAUUUGGAAGAUCUGGAAAAUGAGUUUCGUGAACAUCUCUCUGGUUUGGCGCUGUAUGAAUCUACUUCUCUGAGCUUCAUCCCAGAAAAUAUUGGCCACCUUCCUCGCCUAUUGCUCAGCGAGCCUGUGACUCCCCAUGAGAUUUUGCGAGAGGUCUCACUUGGCGCAGAUCUCAUGACUAUUCCUUUGAUUGGCGCAUGCUCCGAUGCUGGCAUCGCAUUGGACUUCGUCUUCCCUGCUCCGGCUAGCACGCAAGAACGUGGCGAGCCUCAACCCCUAGGUAUUGACCUGUGGCCCUCCAAGCAUGCAAAAGACACUUCACCCUUCAAAAAAGGCUGCGAAUGCUAUGCCUGCCGACACCACCACCGCGCGUACUUGAAUCAUCUCCUCGCCGCGAAGGAAAUGACCGCCUGGGUUCUUUUGCAACUGCACAACCACCAUAUAAUGGAUCAAUUCUUCGCGGGGAUACGAGAUAGUAUCCAGCAAGGCACAUUUGAUGAGGACGUCUACGCUUUCAAUCGUGCAUACGACUCAGAACUGCCAAGCCAGUCCGGCGAGGGUCCUCGGUUUGUCUUUCUCUCACUACCUUCGUAUUUAUGUCCAUCUAACAAAGGUACAAUUAGACUGCGUGGUCACUACAUCGCUCCCAGACAGGGAACCAACCAUCCCAAGCGUAUGCAAAAGGUGUAUGGCCGCCUUGACGAUCUGUCGGAGAAAUUCAACGAGUCCCAGUCGUCGGUUGCGACACCAGAUACUGACGCGGAAGGUCUGGAACGACACGGAUUUGCCGAAAAGGUAUAG